AUGGGACCACAGAGGGAAGCCCUGGCAUUGGUCACCAGGGAGAGCGAGAGCCUUUAUUGCAGUUUCUGUGGGAAGAAGCAGGCAAAGCCCCCUGAUUUUGUCAGCGGCUGUGUGACUGGGAGUGUGCUAAGACGCUGGUUAAGACCCAGAAAGUGGGAGGUACCGGUGUCCAUAUUUGACGAUGCGUACAACGUAAAUUCCGAUUACAAACCGGCGACCCGGAACCCGAUCCGCUUAACUCGAAUUUCCGGGCGGACGCAAGUCUACGUUGCGAUGGAUCGAUUGCUUUUGCCUGGUGGAGACUUAGGAGAGUACCAUGCACCUGACGGGGGAGGAAGGGAGAGUCAGAAGGCUGCGCUGGGCCUGUUGGCGGGGCGUCCAGGCGAGCGGGAGAGUUCAGUCGUAUUUGCACCGGCCAUGAUCCGCGCUUUGCGCAGGAACAAGACCCUCCGCUACGGAGUCCCCAUGUUGUUGCUGAUUGUUGGAGGUUCUUUUGGUCUUCGGGAAUUUUCCCAAAUCCGUUAUGAUGCUGUGAAGAUUAAAAUUGAUCCUGAAUUAGAAAAAAAACUGAAAAUGAAUAAAGUGUCAUUGGAGUCAGAGUAUGAGAAAAUAAAGGACACCACUUUUGAUGACUGGAAGAAUAUUCGAGGACCCAGGCCUUGGGAAGAUCCUGAACUCCUCCAGGGACGAAAUCCAGAUAUCCUUAACACUAAGACAACUUGACUAUGCUGAUUCCUUUUUUUUUUUUUUUUGGUGAUAUAUCAACUGAAAUUCCUGCUACAUACUCCUAUCCAGUGGGAAGAAAAAUUCCACACUUGCAGAAGCCUGAUGUGAGUAAUUUAAUGACAGAUAAUCUUGAUAAAAGUCAAGUACAGGUUCUUAUAUUUCCCAGCUCUUCCAUUUUCAAAUGAAAGUAACAAGGUUGAUAUACACAUAUUUUAUACUGCUCAAUAAAAAUGUGAAUACUGCUA